AACACACAUUUCCCACUUUGCACUGGAAUGGACGCCAGCGUUCUGCGGCUCCGCGCGACGCUCGGCGCCGUAUGGAUCUUCCUCAACAUGGCGGUCCUCAACCUGUACCAGCUCUGGAUCAUGGCCUUCAAGCCCUUUGGCCGGCGCUACGCCCGCCAGCUCAUGGGCACGCUCUGCUUCCAGGACUGGAUCGACUUUACUGCCUUCUACUCGCCCUCGGCCACGAUGGUCGUCACCGGUGACGCCAUGCCCAAGGACACGAGCGUGCCCGUCAUCUUUAUCGCCAACCACCAAGUCGACGCCGACUGGUGGUACAUUCUGCAGCUGAUCCAAGCCCACGGCGGCACGCCCAACGUCAAGAUCGCCAUGAAGGACUCGCUGGCCAAGGUGCCCGUCUUUGGCUGGGGCAUGUUCAUGUUUGAGACGCUCUUUCUGCGCCGCGACCUUGCGCACGACAAGCCGCACGUCCAGCAGUACAUGGAGUCGUUUGUCGAAGACGCCUUUCCCGUCUGGCUCAUGCUCUUCCCCGAAGGCACGACGAUCCACACCGAGUACGUGGUCAAGUCGCAAAAGUUUGCAGCCGCGCAAGGCCGGCCAAAGCUCGAGCGCGUGCUUUUGCCACGCGCCGCGGGGCUGCAGCUGCUUCUUGACGCAUAUGCCAACACGGACAUGAAGCCCGAGAUUUACGACCUCACAAUCGCAUACCCAGGUUACUCGGGCGAAGUGCCAACCUACGAGAUGGGCUACAGCCGCCAUAUCGACACGGAAGUGCCGUCCAUGCAGCACGUGCUGGCGCGGACGCACCCGAAGAGCGUCCACUUGCACAUCACAAAGCAUGGAUUUAACGACGCCAACGCCAACGUUGAGAGCUUCCUCGACAAGCAGUGGCUCCGGAAGGAAGCGCUCCUCAACGAGUUUAUUGCCCACCAGGAGUUUGCAUCGGCCGCGCCGUCUCGCCGCCAAGUCACGCCCGAGACCAACGUCUGGGGUACGCUUCGUCUCUGGGCGGGCGCCGCCAUCUCGCUCGUGCUGCUGCCCGUCGCGCUGCCCUGUUUGCUUCUCUGCAGCACGGUCGCCCAUGUUCAAAACAAGACGCGCACCAAGUCGACCAAGUCGGCCUAG